GGUGUUGUAGCUACGAAUCCCCAUUUAUCGGACUCGGACCCCUUCUCUCUCUCCAGAGCAUUUUGCAAAUAGUUUUACAGUUUGAUUACAAUUUUCCAGGAGUUAUAUCGAUUGAAUCGGUAUCGAUUAUUUGUUGUAAUUACCAAAUCUAAUCCAAAUAUAAUCGCAACCGAUGCAACGGCUCGUUGACCAUACCCUCGCUGUCACCAAAGAGAUCUCCAUUUAGCAAUUGAGAUCACCAUUGAGGCUGUUUUUGAAUUUGUUGACAAGGCAGCACACUGUCUUCUGUCACCAAUAGGCACCUUGAAGAAAGUGGUGAAGUGGUUUUAUUCUUAUAACAGCGGUCACGAGGAUGUUCCCUCUGUUGGUUCAGGUCUCUCUGUUCCUGUGGAUACCCUCGCGGAGAGUGAUCCUACUCCUAGAGAACGGAAGACAGGCUUUAAUUCCCUCAAUACAGAUGCUCGGACAUGUCAAGAUGUCAUUACAGAGCUUGGAUACCCAUAUGAAGCUCUUCGUGUGGUUACUGAUGAUGGAUAUAUUCUCCUUUUGGAGAGAAUUCCAAGACGUGAUGCUCGGAAGGUUGUUUAUCUACAACAUGGGGUUUUUGAUUCAUCCAUGGGUUGGGUAUCGAAUGGAGUUGUUGGUUCCCCAGCAUUUGCAGCUUAUGAUCAAGGGUAUGAUGUUUUUCUAGGAAAUUUCCGUGGAUUGGUCUCAAGAGAGCAUGUUGACAAGAACAUAUCCUCACGCCAGUACUGGAAGUACUCCAUAAAUGAGCAUGGGACACAUGAUAUACCUGCAAUGAUAGAUAAGAUCCACAAAACAAAAGUUACUGAAUUGAAAAAUAGCCAAAAAACUGUGGAGGAAGAGAGCGACAAUGAUCAACCUUACAAACUUUGUGCAAUUUGCCAUAGUUUGGGAGGAGCUGCUAUUCUAAUGUACGUCCUAACACGUCGAAUUGAGGAAAAGCCCCAUAGACUUUCAAGAUUAAUCUUAUUAUCACCUGCUGGGUUUCAUCAUGAUUCCAAUCCUGUAUUCACAAUGAUGGAAUACUUAUUCCUACUAUUGUCUCCUCUACUUGCCCCUUUUGUGUCAGCUUUCUAUAUACCCACUCGUUUUUUCCGCAUGCUGCUUAACAAGUUGGCCCGUGAUUUCCACAACUUACCAGCAGUUGGAGGCCUUGUGCAAACUCUCAUAAGCUAUGGGGUUGGUGGAGACAGUUCAAAUUGGGUUGGAGUCUUAGGGUUGCCGCACUACAAUAUGAAUGAUAUGCCAGCUGUUUCAUUCCGUGUGGCUCUUCAUUUGGCACAGAUCAAGCACACUCGGAAGUUUAUAAUGUUUGACUAUGGGAGUGCAGCUGCAAACAUGGAAGCUUACAGUUCCCCUAAGCCUUUAGAUUUGGGGGAGUACUAUUCCCUUAUUGAUAUUCCUGUUGAUCUUGUUGCUGGGCGGAAGGACAAGGUCAUCAGGCCAUCCAUGGUAAGGAAGCAUUAUAAGCUGAUGAAGGAUGCAGGUGUGGAGGUGUCAUAUAAUGAGUUUGAGUAUGCUCAUUUGGAUUUUACAUUUUCUCAUCAUGAAGAACUAUUGGCCUAUGUUAUGUCUCGAUUAUUGUUAGUAGGCGCUUCUAUGAAACAACAACCUGGGCAAAGAUCGUUAAAGCUGAGGAGAAAAGAGGGGGAAGCCAGCAGCAAGUGUAAACACUACUAGAGCCCGACACCUUUGAUGUUUUGGAUGCUCCAAAUUAUUUGGUGUUCCAUGUAAGACGUGUAUGUUACAUAUACAGAAAAAUAUAGAGAACAUGGGGUCAUGAAAGUGUACCAGUGAGAGCGUUGGCUCCUUUGUACAUGCCCACAUAUUUUUCCAAGGAGAUAGAAUUGUAUUGGAUGGUGUAGUGUAAGAGAUUUAGGUGUGGUUUUGUGAAUAUUGCUGUAUGUAUGUUGUAAGAUUGUAACAUGUUGAAGCUUCAAUGAAAGAGUCAUUUACCCCUUCCCGGA